CGGCGUCGUACAGACUUGGCAGCAAAACACCGAAACAUCUCACUCCAUCUGCAGAUCUUUAGCUUACAGCUCUUUGCAUCCACUUCACCCCCCAGCUCGAACCAAGUGAAACAUGGCCAACUACCCAUUGUCUAAAACAUGUCCUCGCCCUCCACAACAAGUGUUGUUUGGUACGUAGUAAGAGCGGGAAAGCGGCGGGAAAGCGGCCAAGGGCAUUUCGUAUAUCCCAACUUUUGAUUAUAGUUCAAUAUCAAUCACAUGGGUGAAUUUAUUAUGAUCAAUCAAUGUUUGACGAGGACUUCGAUCAUUGCCCGAUUCUAAGCCGCGGGUGUCUCUUAACAGAUAUUACUCUCCCACGCGAUCCUUCGUACGCCUACUUUCUCGCUUCAUCAUCCAUUCACCCAGUCAUCCCGCGGUAAGACAGUUCACCUUCCCCCCUCUUUAAUCGGGGCUGAAACUAGAUCCUUCUUAACUUUCCUUUUCGUCAUCAUCACUUUCUCUUGCUGCUUUAUCCUGUCUGCCAGUCUGCCAGUCUACCAGUCUGCUUGAAGCUCUUGAAGUCAGCUCAUCCCUCAUUCACCCUCGGUCUACUGAACUACUUUAAGCUCUCCCGACAACAGAUGAUAGCCAAUUUCCACCCCCUUAAGAGGGAGUCUAUACGACAAGUCCCCUAGAUACGUCGACUCCCGCAAUGGCCUUAACUAUAAAAAACCUCAACUCCGAUGCCUCCUUUCUCCUAUCCUUCGAGCCUAUCAUCCCCGAAUUCGCACAGCAUAUUGUAACGCCGAAGCCGUUUACACUUCUCCUGGACCCUUGGAUAACAGGACCUUCCAAGAUAUUUCACUCUAAGAUCUCGAUUACGACUCACAUACACCCAGCAUGCAUAUCCUCGCUCUCGGAGCUCCCGUCCCCGCCGGAUCUUGUUAUCAUAACUCAACAUAAGAGCGACCAUUGCAAUGAAGCUACGCUCCGGCAACUGCCAGCAAGUGGAACAAACACAAUCAUACUCGCCGAACCAGCGGCAGCACGCUUGAUCAAGAGUUGGAAGUACUUCGACCAGAAGAAGAUUCGAACGAUAGAGCGAUGGGAAGACCCGAGGUUGACAGGAAAGCAAUCUGUAGUGCGAAUUCCCGUCCCGCCUGUGACGCCCGGAGGUCAAGGGGGUGAAGUCACCGUCGCCUUCAUACCGCAGAAACGCGACCUAGCUGGUUUACAUGGCGCAAUUGGUAUAACGUAUCGACCUCCACCAACACAUCACUUACAACUCGGUAUCCCUACCAUAUCGAAACCGCCCUCGCCGCCUGCUACCCCUAAUACGCCUACUAUGCAGGAUUCGGACAUGUUACUCGCGAAUAAUUCAUCUACCCCUAAUCCUUUCCUCCUCCCGCCCUCUCCACCAGUAUCACCACACUCCCUGCGCUCUGUCCAGUCCGCGUCAACCUUACUCCCCUCUCCGGCGCACUCACGCUUAAGCACUUCUUUCCCACGAUCCGUUUCCCAGAGCCACAUUCGCCCCGCCACCUCCAUCGGUAUGAUCCGUCCAAUAUCAGUCCUUUUUUCGCCUCACGGUAUCUCAUACGACUACAUCGCACCUUACGUUACAUCACAUCUCGUAGCCGAAGCAGCGCUCCCACUAACGGCCCUCCUGCACUGUAUGGACAGCGUCACAAAUCCAUGGUGGCUCGGCGGCAAUAUCAGCGCGGGAGUACCUACAGGCGCUGAGAUCGCGACACGGCUGGGCGCGCGCAUCUGGCUUAGCGCGCACGAUGGGGAAAAGGACGUCCGGGGCCUCGCUACGGCGAUGCUGAAGACGAAACGGUGGAGGCGCGAGGAAGUUGAAGGCGCCUUAGACACGCGCGAAGAAGGGAAACCUGGCAAGGAGAAACCAGGUCAUGCACGAAAGGGCAGUAGCAGUAGCAUCGGCGGCGUCACCACAGAAAUCAUGCGCCUCGGCAGCGGCGACGAAAUCGUCGUCUCCGGAAGCGGUAUGUUAUGGUGUUCUCCGGAGAAUACGGACGACCAAUGGGCCAUCAGGGACGCGAAGGCCCGUCAAAACGUCAAGGUGAAAAGCCAAUACAGCUUGAGACCAAUGCACGCUCGUGGCGAGAAGAUAUCUAAUGGCCUGAAGACAAAGAAGUCAUUGAGAGGAGGCUUUUCGAGAUUUAGGUCCGUGGUUACUCCUAUUUGAAGAAGUGACUAGGUUACAGGCUCGUUCGUUCGUUCGUUCAGGGUAAGGUAAUCGUUUGUUAUUAGGACGAUAUUUCUUAUGUUUAGGCACAUUAGCUUGUUGGGUUCUGGCGUGUUUCGGGAGAAGGAUUUUUACAUGAUACCAAGGGCAGACAAAAUUAGUCUUUAUGGACUUGUCAUUUUUAGUGAACCAUUCAGGCAUAUCAUUUUUUUGGAAUAGGGUUUCUCAUUUUUUAAGGUUAGGGAAAGGCAUGGAGACAAGAAGUCAACGGCGUUACUAUUCGAAGCCCGAAACUUCCUAUGGAUAUCCGGGAACAGGAUAGAGAUAUUUACCAUCGGUAUUAUACCAACGUGAUCACAUUAGAUCAUCGCAAAAUUUGAGGCUUAAUUUCUUUUGU